AUCGGUUUUGAGCAGUAAGACAGGGUGUGGAAGAGUAGCUCCGAAGAGGGACAGACCGAUUUCGUUCUACAUUUGACGCUCGAACGUGCUGUAAAUCCAACUUAGGUUUUCGAUGCAGCCUGGGCAAUCCUCUAAUUAACAUUAUCAAGUUAUAAUGGGUAGAAGAAAACAGCCCAGGCCUCAUCAUUCUGUUGGAACUUUAAGUCGAGAGGCUGCCGGUUUAGUUUCAAAAGACCAAACUGAGGAUAUUAUCACGUCAAGUGAUGAACUUGGUGGUACUAUUGACAAGCUCUUAUACGUGGAGGUUGAUAGAACUACUUGGGACUCGUGCGAACAUUUGGAUAUCUCCGAGGUUCUUUUGUCAAAUUUGAGUUUUUCUCCAGGAAUUUCAAACUUCAGCUAUGAUGGAAGCUUUUAUCAAGAUUCAAAGCAUUCUUUAAGGUUUAGGUUGAGUAACCUACCACAGUUUUCUAACUGUACGAAGUUAGGACGCUGGCCUCUCUUGUCUGCUAGUGAUAUUAGGUUGGAGUUGAUGGAGAAUAGCAUAGUUGAUGAUACAGAGACAGUUUUGGAGAUUUUCUCUGGGAAUCUUGAUGGACCUGAUGAGGGCAUUUCAAGUCUUGUUCAUCUAGUCAAUAUGAAGUUUUUUACUUUGAGACCAGUUUUGGGAUGUGAGGUGUCGGAUGGCAUGCAAUCAAUUAGAUUGAGAGUAGAAAUACUAAAGAGUGCUUUUGAGGUUUGUGGUUCACUUCUAGAUAAUACAAGGGAACUUUGGAAAAGGAGUAUGAUGAAUGUCAUGGCUUGGUUGCGUCCUGAAGUUAUGACUUCAGAGGCUAGAUAUGGAUCAUCAUUAUCAAUAGACACGGGAAAUGAUUUACAUGGGAAGACAGUGAACAAUUUAACUAUCCCAGGGAAACCAACCGGGUUUGAUGCUGCUGGGUUUUAUGAAGCCAUCAAGCCGUCGAAGGAUGAUCCACAAUUGGAAGAUGAAUUACUUGACUUGAUUCCAGAGCUCAGACCAUAUCAACGUCGAGCGGUUCUCUGGAUGGUUCAGCGAGAGAAAGGAGCUUCUGGAUAUGUGAGUGAAAGUUCAAGAAGUCAGAUCUUGUCUCCUUUAUGCAUGCCAGUGAAUUUGAUAGACACAUGUUCAACAAUUUUUUAUAAUCCCUUUAGCGGAAGUGUUUCAUUGCAUCAGGAAUAUGAUGUAUCACAUGUCUUUGGUGGUAUCCUUGCGGAUGAGAUGGGCCUGGGGAAGACAGUUGAGCUGAUUGCUUGCAUCUUUGCACAUCGAAAAACAACAUCUGAGACAGACAACCUGUUGGUUACUAAGAAACCAGUUGCAUCAUACCAGAGAAUAAACCUCAAAAGGCUGAAGAGAGAGCGGGUUGAGUGCAUUUGUGGGGCUGUGAGUGAAAAUUCUCGAUACAAAGGGCUGUGGGUGCAAUGCGAUAUCUGUGAUGCUUGGCAACAUGCGGAUUGUGUGGACUACUCAAGUAAGGAAACUUUGUCAAAGCAUAGAGAAGUCUCCAGUGGACAAAAAUAUAAGGAAAAAAGUGCUGGGAGCAAAAGAAAGCGCGCAAGAAAGAAAAAUGAGCCAGAAAUUGCAUUGACAGAUGGGGAACACAUAUGUCAGAUGUGCUCAGAGCUGAUUCAAGCUACUGAGGAUCCAGUGACCACGGGAGCUACUCUUAUAGUAUGUCCAGCUCCUAUAUUGUCUCAGUGGUAUGCUGAAAUAAUUCGUCAUACAAGGCCAGGUUCACUGAAGACCUGUAUUUAUGAAGGUGUCAGGAGUGCGUCCCUUCAAAAUGUAUAUGCUGUGGACAUGAGUGCUUUACUCAAUGCUGAUGUUGUUUUAACUACUUAUGAUGUACUUAAAGAGGACCUAUCACAUGACUCAGACAGACAUGAUGGGGACCGCCGCAACAUGAGAUUCCAGAAAAGAUAUCCUGUUAGUCCAACUCCCCUAACUAGAAUAUUUUGGUGGAGGGUUUGUUUGGACGAGGCUCAAAUGGUGGAAAGCAGUGUUGCUGCUGCAACAGAAAUGGCUAUGCGUCUCCAUUGUAAGUUCUCUUGGUGUAUCACUGGGACUCCCAUACAACGCAAACUUGAUGACUUAUAUGGGCUUUUGCGGUUCCUCAAAGCUAGUCCAUAUGAUGUCCUUCGAUGGUGGGUUGAUGUUAUACGAGAUCCAUAUGAGAAAGGUGAUACUGGGGCUAUGGCUUUCACACACAAACUUUUUAAGCAAAUAAUGUGGCGUUCUUCAAAACUUCAUGUUGCAGACGAGUUACAGAUUCCUCCCCAGGAGGAAUGUCUCACUUGGAUCACUCUCUCACCAAUUGAGGAGCACUUCUAUCAAAGGCAGCAUGAAACUUGUUUGACCUAUGCUUGUGAAGUAAUUCGAAACCUCAAAGAUGAUAUUCUCAAACAAGAAGUCACAGGUUCAUCUCCUAAUGAUGCAUCAAAUCCUCUUAUCACCCAUGUUGAGGCUGAGAAAUUAUUGAAUUCACUAUUGAAGCUUCGACAAGCCUGUUGUCACCCUCAAGUUGGAGGUUCUGGUCUCCGUGCCUUACAAAAGUCUCCCAUGACCAUGGAGGAGAUCCUAUCAGUGCUUGUUGGCAAGACCAAGGUUGAAGGUGAGGAAGCUCUCAGGAAAUCUGUUGUUGCGAUGAAUGCCCUGGCAGCUAUAUCUAUAAUCAAAGAAGAUUUUGUCCAAGCAGCUUUGCUAUACAAGGAAUCACUAGGUCUUGCUGAGGAGCAAUCUGAAUCUUUUCGCUUGGACCCUUUGUUGGAAAUUCACAUUCGCCAUAACCUUGCCGAGAUUUUGCCACUAAUUUCAGGAUACUCAAAAGAGUUGGAUGUAAAUGGACAGUUGCCUAAAAAGUGCUCAAAAAUACUGAAUGAAAGUAUGAUAAGCAAGUUAGAUAAAUUAGCUGGAGAAGAUGCUUUGGGUUCGGCAGCUAAUGCUAAUACUUCAAUUAAUCCUGUUUCCGCUUUAGCAGAUGGUGACAGAGAUAAGGAAACUAAAGAUAACCUCACAGCUUUCACCAGUGAUGAAUGUUUAAUAAUGACAUGCGAGAAUCUAAAACACAAGUUUUUAUCUGUUUUCAACACAAAACUAACACUUGCUCAGCAAGAAUUCAGAAAAUCAUACACUCAGGUUUCUGAUGCAUUUAAUGAUAGAAAGAACAUUGAUAUGGUUUGGUGGUUGGAAGCCCUUGAUCAUAUUGAGCUCAAUAAAGAUCUCGAGAGUGAACUGAUAAGGAAGAUAGGGGAAGCUGUCUCUAGUUCGCUAAACACUUCUAGAACAUCAAAGAUUGCAUCUUGCUUUCGUAGCAUAACUGCACUGAAGUAUUACAUCCAGACUGGAUUAGAUUCACUAGAGGCCUCCCGUAAAACUCUACUUGAUAGACUUUUGGAAAUUGACAAUACUUUGAGCAAUCCAAAAAGGGAGGAUGUUGAACGUGUUCGAUAUUGUCCAGUCUGCCAACCUAAUGGAGAUGGGUGCUUGUGUGUCCACUGUGAACUGGAUGAGUUGUUUCAGGUGUACGAGGCCCGACUCUUUCGACUUAAAAAUAUGCAUAAUGGAGGGGCCAUUACAUCUGCUGAAGAGGCAGUGGGUUUGCAGAAAAAGAAAUCUGCACUUAACCGUUUCUACUGGAAUUUGUCGAGGACUGACAAAAGCACACCCAAUGUCUUAGAAGAGGAUACAAUUGGCAAGAGGGAUGUUGGAGAAAAAGUUCUUGUUUUAAAAUCUUCUUCUGAAGUUGAAAUUGCUAUUGGGAUAAUAAGAAGUAUCGCUAGGACUUUCUUAGAUGGAAAACAUAUGGAAGUAGCCACAAAGCAGCUACUUCUUCUUGAGGGCAUGAGGAAGGAAUAUGCAACAGCAAGGUCCCUCGCCAUUGCUCAAGCCCAAGUUCUCCGUGCUCACGAUGAAAUAGCUAUGGCAAUUUCCCGAUUGCGCCUAAGGACAAAUGACGAUGACAAUUCCAUUGAUGCCUUGAGUUCUGAAGAACUGGUUGCAGCCAGUGUUGAAUAUUCUGGUGAGAAAUUCCUUGCAGUGGCAUCAAUAUCAAGGAUAAAAGGUCAACUUCGCUAUUUGGAGGGUUUGGUGCAAUCUCAACAAAAGCAUGUAAAUACUUCAUGUAAUCCAUCAGAAGAUACAGCUAGUUCGUUGACUUCAACAAUAGAAACUGACAACAAAUGUGCUGCAAAAGAUGAUCAAGAUACAUGCCCUAUUUGCCAAGACAAGCUCAGUAGUAGAAAGAUGGUUUUCCAGUGUGGGCAUGUGACUUGCUGUAGAUGUUUAUUUGCUAUGACUGAGAAGAGACUAGCUCAUCCUGGAAAGUUUGAAGAUAGGUGGAUCAUGUGUCCAACAUGCCGACAACGCACUGAUUACGGGAAUAUUGCUUAUGCUGAUGAUGAUGGGAAAAAUGAGCCAAGUAGUUCUUCCAUUCAAGACCGUGAAGACUCUGAAGCAUCUAUUACUGUCCAAGGUUCAUAUAGUACAAAGAUUGAAGCAGUUACAAGGAGAAUCUUGUGGAUCCAUGCUAAACAUGCAGAAGAAAAGGUUCUUGUUUUCUCCAGCUGGAAUGACGUUCUUGAUGUAUUGGAGCAUGCAUUUUCCGCCAAUAGUAUAAGCUAUAUCAGGAUGAAAGGAGGCAGGAAAGCUGAUGCAGCUAUUAGCAACUUUAGAGGGCAGAGAGUCAUUGCCAAGGGAAGAAGCAAUACCCAUGAGAAAAAAAUACAGACUAAUAGUUUUGAAGUUCUACUAUUACUAAUACAACAUGGAGCCAAUGGUCUCAAUCUCUUGGAAGCUCAACAUGUUAUUCUUGCAGAACCGCUGCUCAAUCCAGCGGCGGAGGCACAAGCUAUCAGCCGCGUGCAUCGAAUUGGACAGCAUAAAAAGACCCUCGUCCAUCGCUUCAUUGUAAAGAACACAGUUGAAGAGAGCAUAUACAAAUUAAACAGUAGCAGGAGCAGAAGUUCCUUCAUUAGUGGAAACACGAAAAACCAGGACCAGCCUAUUCUGACCCUUAAGGAUGUGGAGUCUCUAUUUGCGGUUGUGCCUAGUGUUGGUCCAGAAAUGGAGGAAAAAGCAACGAGAGGCUUGAGUCAUCUUCCACCUUCUGUAGCUGCAGCAUUAGCUGCUGAAAAGAGACUAAUGGACCAAUCUAAAAAUAACCAGUUUGACCAAAAUGAAUCCUUUUAAAAUGAUGUAUUCUUAUGAUGACAGUCUAUGAGAAUGAGCUUUGGAUAAUCGCUGCGGAUUGAAGAUAGAGACACCAUUGUCAUUCUUCUGUAUAUACAACCCAGAACUGUAUUUUUAUACAGAUUAAUUUCCAAACCAUUUUUUUAUUUCUGGAAUAUGUUUCCCCUCUUGGCGUGUAGUAGAAUAAAUAGCAUGUAACUCUAAUAGUAGGUUGUGUAGGUUUUGUUAGUUAAUUGAUUAAUCAUGUGUUAUCUUCUUUUUCUUUGUAGAAAUACAUAACCCAUAAGUAGUUAUAAAGUUAAUUUUUUUUUUUUC